AUGGCCCUCGGACCAGUGCACGGACUGAUGGUGGCAGUGAUGAUGAUGAUGGGUGUAACCGGGGGACGCUCGCCGAUGUUGCCACUGGGCAAGGAACCUCCCCGGACACUGCAGAUGAUCGGAGCGGCCAGUCCCCGGAUGCUGCACCGGAUCAGUGCGGAUCUGAAGCCGGACGCCUCGCAAGUGGUCCACAUCCAGGUGCCGUACUACAUCGAGCGGCCGAAGCGGCCCAAGAAGAAGUUCCAGCCGUGGCCACUGCGUGGCCAGCGCUUCGCCUCGCUGCCCACCUUCCCGCACACGAUUCCGAGCGUCCCGAUACCCUUCGGGCUGGGUUCCGGGUCACACACGGAGAGUGCGUUCAAACAGCAGUCGGGCGGCAACCGACUGGCCGCGGCCUUGGGAGUGAACCCGGGACCGUACGACACCCCGUUCGUGCCGGUCAUGAAGCCGAGCCCCGUGAACCCGCUGCACCGGGAGCCUCCGCCCGAGAUCAUGUUCGAACCGAUCAGUAUCCUGCCGCUGGAGACACCGUCCUUCGACACGCUGCGCAACCACGUGAACUUCCUGAAGCACAAGCAGGCGGCGUUUUUCGAGGGACAGGGUCGUGAGUUUGGAUUCGGUGAGGGUGCCCCGCCCGCAGCCAUCCCGGACGAGCUGGACUACUUCGGGGAACAUGAGCGACAGCUGGGUGAGGUCCAUAAGGGCGAUGCCGGAGGACCGGUGAACGGUGGUGAGCAGAAUACCCUGUCGGAAGACGACUUUGGUCAGAACGACCGGAAGUAUGAUCGGCGUGGUGUACCGGUCGGCCGGGAGGGUGACGAGUCCUCGACGGAAGAAGAUUUCUACGACACCGACGAGCGCAGGCAGCAUUACGCUCCGGAUGAAGAUUUCGAGGAUUCGCGCGAAGAAUCGGACCGGGCGGCGGCAUUCGAGCCGAAGAAGGUGUACACGCAGGUGCGUCACCAAGAGACCACGCGUCACGUCCGGCCUGCAGGUCCGGAUGAAGAUGACGGCGAGGAUGAUGACGGCGACGACGAAGACGAAGACCGGGACGAUCGGAGUGAGCGCGCCAACGAUGAGGAAGCGGACGAACCAGAACAUGAAGAAGAUGCACGGGAGGAGAACGAGGAUGCGAGACCGAUCCGGGAGCGGGUGAAGGAGGCUCGUAAAAACAUCGUCUACAGCGAGCAGGGCCACGAAGCGUCCAAGUUUGACCACGGCUCGGCGGAAUCGUACGGACAGUUCGAGCAGCAGCAGAAGCAGCCGGACGCAGGAUCCGCAAGGCGCAAGCGGAAGCGACCGCGCAUCAAACGAUCCGCGGCCGAGUCGGCGGAUCCGGAUGCAGCAACAGUAGCUACAUCCGGGGAGGUGGAUGAGGUCGCAAUUAUAUUGCUCACCGGCAACGACUCACUGCCGCUGGCCGAAGCCCUGACCGACCCGCGGGAGCUACACGGCGACGAACUGAUCCGGUUCCUGGACGAGGCGAUCGCAAACACGACCCAGUACCUACCGGACACGCACCUCGACAACCCGGAGGUCAUUAACAUUGUCGCUCCUCCCAGCAACGUCGUUAAGUUUCCGUACUACAACCGGCCGGUGAGCGAGAUCGACGUGGACUCGGCGUUACGCUACGCCGAGAACCUGACCACGUUCAGUGGAGGCGGCCCGUACGGGAACCGGGGCGACGUGGAGUGCAACGAGGUGGACGUGAACAUUGCCGACGAACCGGAGCCUACCGGCGGGGACGGUGACGGGGCGGAGCAGGGGAGUGAUGGCUUUCGGCCGAUCAAGCGGCUCCAGGGGCUGGGCGGCAAGAUCGAGUGUCUGAAGGUGCGCCAUUUCGGGCACGAACCCCUCGACAACCCGCUGUUCCGGGAGGAGUUUGUGGGAGGGUGGCCGCGCAAGAGCCUGCGGCCAACCGGCCCAGCUCCGGCGCCCACUCGACAACCCAAUCCGGCCGUGGCGGUCUACAACGACGUGAUACGCCACAUCAAGAAGCACCUGGCCAGCCAGCAGCAGCGCAAGAAGAACGCCAAACCGGACGAACCGGACACGCUGAUGAUAGCGGUGCCGCGCGUCCUGCGACUACCGGCGGCCGAAGCAGCACAGGAAGCAUCACAGGCGGCGGUGGGAGUGAAGCCGGCCCGCAAGCGUGAGGCAAAGAUAAUAAGCUUCCCGCAGGCGAACCCUGGGAUCCUGUCGAACCACGUCAGCUUCCCGAUCUUCGACAUCAGCAAGUACUUCCCGCGGUUCAUGAUGCGCGCCAACGACGACCUGUACGCGGACGAACCGGAUACCAAGGUCCGGCAGGGUCGCCUCAGCACUCCGAAGCCGCGCACCACCACCAAAGCCACCCACCUGCGAACGCUCGUCCGGACCGCUGAACAGCUCGCGGAGGGAGCGGUCGAGGUAGAGGAAAGUGUCGAGCGGCAACGGGUGACCACCGGGCGGCCGGGACGGGACGAUAUUGCGGAUGCGUUCGACGACUUGUUAGGCAAACCACUGAGCCCCACGCUGAAGCCACUGCAACCGAUCAAACCGUACGAUGUGGUGGAAGACACACGUGACACGGGACCGGAACCGACCUACAACAAGUCUGGGCCACCGUACGCGGCGCUCGCGCUGGAGCCACCGGUCGCGCAGAGCAUCCUGAGCCAGCGGCUGGAGCCCGUCAAUCGCAACCAACUCGACUUCCUGAAGGCGAAGCGGUCGGCCAAGAAACCCACGACGGCCCACGGGGUCCUCAAGCGGCCCCGACCGGGACAGACCCGCAAGAAGGUCCUGGUGUUCUACCAUCGAUGA